GAAUGUGAUCUGGGAUGGGAGUUUGGGUUCUGGGGAUCGUCUGGUUGGUGGCUCCCAGCCCACUUGUGUGGUAUGAAGAUAUGGAUCCUGGGCAGAGCCAGGGAGCUGCGCUGCUCAGGCUGUUACACCUUCUGUGGCUGCUGCCCCACUCCUGGACCGCCCCUGAGGCUCCUCCUCUGGCAUGGUGGGAUGACCUGCAAAACCACACAUUCCUGCACACAGUAUACUGCCAGGAUGGGAGUCCCACUGUGGGGCUCUCUGAAACCUAUGAUGAAGACCAGCUCUUCAGCUUCGAUUUUUCCCAGAACAUUCGAGUGCCUCGCCUGCCUGAAUUUGCUGACUGGGCUCAGAAGCCUGGAGAUACUUCCAACAUUUUCUUUGAUAAAGGGUUCUGCCAGGCAAUGAUCCAGGAAAUAGGUGUACAACUUGAAGGGAAAAUCCCAGUGUCUAGAGGGUUCCCUGUUGCUGAGGUGUUCACACUGAAGCCUCUGGAGUUUGGCAAGCCCAACACGCUGGUCUGUUUUGUCAGUAAUCUCUUCCCGCCCAUGUUGACGGUGAACUGGCUGCAUCACUUGACCCCUGUGGAAGAAGCCGGACCCACUUUUGUGUCAGCCAUUGAUGGACUCAGUUUCCAGGGCUUUUCUUAUUUAAAUGUCACACCAUCACCCUCUGACCUUUUCUCCUGCAUCGUGACUCAUGAAAUUGAUGGCUACACAGCAGUUGCCUAUUGGGUGCCCCAGAAUGCACUGCCCUCAGAUCUUCUGGAGAACGUGCUGUGUGGUGUGGCCUUUGGCCUUGGUGUGCUGGGCAUCAUUGUUGGCUUAGUCCUCAUCAUCCGCUUCCGGAAGCCUUGCUCAAGUGACUGAUUCUUCCAGACCAGAGUCUGAUUCCAACGGCUGUGGUCUCCAAGCAGGGGGUGCUCAAGUUUCUCACAUCCUGCCCAGGAUCUCUGCACCUCAGAGCAGAAGUCACUGGGACUCCCCCCCCGUAUGUGUGUGUGUGUGCACAUGCUUGUGUGUGUGUGCACAUGUUCUGCUGUCCCUGGGCUUACCUCCAGGGGAACUCAGAGUGACCUUCCUGUCAUGACCACAUCCCUUCCCACUUCAAGGCAAUAAAUCUCAUUUCUUAA